UACCCUCAAAAUGUCUCUCAACAAUAAAAUUAUUUAUCCAAAUAAAAAUAUCCAAACAUAUUCACCUCCUUUAACAUCUCAAAAUCAACAUCCUUCAUUAAUUCAUCAAAAAAGUUUUGCUUCAAUUCGUCAAUUUGUUCUUUCAAAUAAUUAUUUUAAACAACAAAAAGAAGAACAAAAUCAAAAAUUUCCUCGUUUUUCUUCUAUUAGAAGACGAAAGAAAAUUUUAGAUGAGGAAAAUGGCAACAAAAAUGGAAAAAUUAAAAGAAUUCCUUCUGUCAGAAAAGUUGGCGUUUGCCAUGGAAAGAGCAAUAAUCUUGAUUGGCGUUCAAAAAGUGUUGCUGGUCUUAAAUCUACUAAUACAGCUACCAAUAAGUUGUUAUUAAAAUUAAUUUUUAAGUGAUUUCUUUUUUGGUUGUUGACCAUCCCUAAUUCCGAUACGAUCGGACAUGAAGAAUUUUUCUUUAAAAUUAUUUUUUCCCGACUUUGAUUCCUUAUCGAGAACCAACUUUUUAAAUCUAACAAAAAUAAUACAAGCUUUAUAUUUAAUAAAUUGUAAGAACUCCAAUUGCCGAACAACGCAAAUAUUCAUUAACUCUUAUUUCACAAAAAGCAAAAAAGUCAAUGCAACGCAAGUUAAGUGAAUUAGCCAAAAAUGAUUCCAAUUUUGUUACUCAAACAAUUGGAAGAAUAGUUCAACAACAAACUUCUUUAGAUAAACAACAAAAUUGUGAACAUAAAAGUGGGUAAUUUAAUUGAGUUGGUAGAUUUAACUAUUUUUCCGAAAUAUGUUUUAUUUUGCUAUUAAAUUAUUUGGGGAGGGGGGGGGGUUGUUGUGGGUAUUUUAAUUUAUACAAUUUUUUCGAAAUUUUAUGUCUACUUGAUAUUUCAAUUUUUACAUUUUUUCUUUUUAUCUUUAGUUCAAUUUCUUUUAUUACAAUUUUUUGUUUUUUUUAAUUCGUAUACAUCAUUU